AUGGAGGCGAGGCGAACGGCGGCGAGGGGCCGCCCGGGCUUCGCCCUGCGUGACGCCCCCGCCGCGUUUCCUGUCCCCUGCGUGCAGCCCAAGGUGGCGUUCCGCGGAGCUGCGAGCCGCUGCCUGAACCUGUGCGCCGACGCGGGCGGCCGACUAACGGAUGUGUUCAACGGCGUGAUGCUGCCCGGCGCCGCGGCCUUCUACGACUGCUGCAAACCGCAGAGUGAAGACAAUGUUGACCUAAGGCAGACCUAUACUCCACUUUCUUCAUCAACAGAAUAUGCAAGUUCUGUAGAUUCUUCACUUUUCUAUGCACCAUGGUCUACUUAUGGAGAUGAUGUUAAGCAGCCUUCUAAUUCUCAGAUUAAUGUAAAGAACAGGAUUCAGACAGAAAGAAAUGACUAUGGCAGUGAAACAGACUUAUAUGGACUUGUAUCUAACAUUUUGGAAGAACAAGAUAAGUCCCAGUCAUAUUUUGCUGAUGGGACCUGCUCCUCCAAUUUAAAGUCAGUUUGGCCAAUGAACACAAGAUUUGCAGAUCACCAUGACCUGUUAACAGAAACCAAAAGGCCAGUAGAUACAGCCAUCUCUCAGCAAGCUUUUUAUAGUGGUGAAUCUGUGUCAGCAGUGGAAAAGCCAUACCUGCAUAAUAGUAAUUUCACGCCACAACAAAAAAUAGAUGAACUUUAUCAUGGAUUUACUGGUUUAGACCUUGAAGACCAAUGGAUGUACUCCUCUCGAAAUGAUCAUUCUAAUUGUUACAAUGUUCAGACAAAUGAUACAGCUAAAACAACAUUCCAAGAAUAUCCAUUUAUCAAAAACUGUUUUACACCACAAGCUGGCCUGUCUGACAUCAUGAAAGAAUCGGGACUUGAUACUUACCCUUAUGGAAGAGAGAAAAUGUGUGUUAAAAGUCUUGAAGCACCAUUACAGCAAAAAAGGGCAGAGAUAUUUCUUUCCCAGUUUAAUAGAUACAAUGAAAAUGCAGACUAUUGUAGAUACCCAGAAUAUGCUCAUGCUAAUAAGGCUAAGCUUAAUAAGUGUUCAAAUUUCAGUGUCCAAGAUGGUAAAAAAUUAGCCAGUGGCACACCUGAACCACCAACUGUAGAAGCAGACACCUACACAAAGUUAUUUCAGGUUAAACCAGCAAAUCAGAAAAAAAUGGAAGAGAAAAUACCUGACCAGCAGAAUUUCACAUUUCCAAAAACUACACCACAUCUGACAGAAAAACAGUUUGUGAAGGAAGCAGCAUUCACUGCUGAUUUUGGCUUAAAAUCAGAAUAUGGACUAAAACCUCAUACAGUUUGUCCAGCUAAUAAUGAUUUUGCUAACGUCACAGAAAAGCAACAGUUCGCUAAAGUUGACCCCUCAAAUUCCGAAUAUUUUAAAACAGUGAAUUUAUUAUCAAACUCAGCAACAUCUUCAGGAGGUAUCAACUUAAAUAGGCCAAAUUGGAUGAAUGUCCACACAAAAAAUAACACUUCUAUUCCUUAUCGAAAUCAAGGUAACUUGAUGAAAUUAAGUCAUUUAAGUGCAGCUUCAAAAGGUUCUAACCAUUCUUCAGAUUUCCCCCAACUAUCAUCCACAAAUUUAACUCCAAAUGGCAAUUUGUUUCAGAAGUAUUGCCAAGAGAACCCUUCAGCAUUUUCUAGUUUUGAUUUCAAUUAUAAUGGUGCAGAAAGAAUUCAAUCUGUCAAUCACAUGGAAGGACUGACAAAGACUGUGGAAGAAAAUCUCUUUGAAUUUGUUACCGAUAAAAAAAUAAAGCAGCCAAACGGAUUUUGCGAUAACUAUUCAGCUCAGCAGUAUGGGAUCAUUGAGAAUGUAAACAAACAUAAUUUUCAAGCUAAGCCCCAGAGUGGACAUUAUGAUCCUGAGGAGGUUCCAAAGCAUUUAGAUGGCUUACCUCAAAAUACAUACCAAGAUCUGUUGGAGGCACAGAGUCAUUUUAAUAGCCACAGACAGGGGAGUGGAGACAACAAUAUUAAUAGUCGUGCGAAUCGCACACAGGCGUCAUGCUUUUCUAAUUAUAUGAUGGGAGAUUUAAGGCAUAAUCAGAGUUUUCAACAACUUGGUUCAAAUGGGUUUCCCCUAAGGUCUACCCACCCAUUUGGCCAUUCAGUUGUUCCACUGUUGGAUUCUUAUGAUUUGUUUUCUUAUGAUGACUUAAGCCAUUUAUACCCUUAUUUUAAUGAUAUGAUGUAUGGUGAUAAUUCCUUUUCUGGUUUUGUGCCAACUUUUGGAUUUCAAAGACCAAUUAAAACUCGUAGUGGACCAGCCAGUGAACUUCAUAUUCGUCUAGAAGAGUGCUAUGAACAAUGGAGAGCAUUAGAAAAGGAGAGAAAAAAGACUGAAUUGGCCCUUGCCAAAAAUUACCCAGGAAAAAAAGUGUCCAGUACUAACAAUACUCCAAUUCCAAGGCUGACUUCCAACCCAUCUAGAGUUGAUCGCUUAAUUGUGGAUGAACUUCGAGAACAAGCCAGAGUUGUAACUUUACUAGGCAAAAUGGAACGGCUUCGAAGCUCUCCCCUUCAUGCCAAUAUCUCUACCGCUCUUGAUAGACACUUGGAAUCCAUUCACAUUGUACAGUCACGCAGAAAGGAUGAAAUUGUUAAUGCUUCAAAUCGGCAAAAGCAAGGAGUUCCUAGAUGCCAGGAUGACAGAGAUGUUUUUGCCCUUGCUUCAGCAAUUAAAGAGAUGUGCGUGGCUACUCGGAAGGCUCGCACUACUCUGUGGUGUGCACUGCAGAUGACCUUGCCAAAAACAGCCAAUACAGCUGGCCAAACAGAUGUGGAAAAAGCUUUACAAGAUAUAGUCAACUAUGAAGAUAAAGUCCGCGAAAGCAUAAAUAGUAGCAAUCCAAUGAAUCAGAGAGGUGAUGCAAACAAACAUUAAGAAAAUGCCAGCAGAAAGAAAAAGCUGAUAAGUAAAUGUAUCAAGACAUGCUCAACAAUUUUAAUGAACUUGUCAAACUUGAAAAUUCCAAUGCAUUUUCUUUCAGAUUUAGAGUUAAUACCUUAAUGAAGUCUAACUUCUAUUUAAAAAUCUAUUUAGAAUGAAUCAGAUAUAGUUUAAAGUGAACUCAGUUUAAGUUGCCUACUCUGGGAGUUGAGUAGUCAAAGAUGAGUUUAAGUAAAUUAAAUAUUUCCUAACAGCCAAGUAUUGCUUAAACCCAUUCUGCAGUGCAGGUAAAUGCAAAUGUGAAAUUCUUCUAGAAGAUGUUUCAUUUAGGUCUGCCUUAGUAAGUAUAAUUCCAAAUAAUGAAUCUAAAUGACUGUGACCCAAUUAUGGCUACAGUCUAGUAACCAAGACAAGUUUUGAUUGUGAUAUAAAAGUGUUUUCCUCACAAAACUGGAUAAUACCUAGGAAACAAAGGAAAACAAGAAUGAACCCAAUAUUCAUGUAAAAUUUUAAUAUUUAAAACACUACCAUAUUUAUAAUUUGAAAUUUUAGUGCCUAAGUUUGAGGAGGGAAAUGCAUCUGAUUCUCCUAAAUUAGUGAUAAAAGUGCCAGUAUAAAAACCAUGCAAGUUACUGAAUAUAAAACCUGUUCAAAUCAUUUGUGUAUAUUCUUAAAAUUUAAUUAUACUAUCAAUUAUUAAAUACUUCCAAUUUUAAAGUAUUUAAAUUGAAUUGAAACAAAACAUUUCCUUUAUCUGGAUCUUUUAGAUUUGAUGCACAGUAACUAAAAUAAUGACUAUUGUCUUAAUACCCUUAGUUGGCUGCCUUUUAUGAGGGUAUCACGAAGUUUUAAAAUGUAUUUUUUAAGGUUAAUCUUUAGUUUAGUUUGCAAUUGGUUAGUGUAUAUUUUGUGUAGUUGUGUUCAUUAGUUAGCUUCUGUAUUUUUUUUAAAAAGUGCUCUUGAAAGCUAGGCUUUUUCUGUUUCUCAUCACUUAAUAUCUUUGUAUGGAACCCAAGUAAUUUAUUCAUUAAUAUGAAAUGUUGAUAUUAUGUGACUCAGAUCUUGGGUUUUUACAUUUCUAGCAUGAGUUAAACUAUGAUAUAAUGUACUUAUGAAAUUUAAUUGAACUAUCCUUGACUAUAAACACUGAUGUUUUAAAUGUUGGUGUUUUUCCUAGUUUUAGAAAUCCUGGUAUAAAAAACGAGUGUAAUCACACCACAUAAAUUUUCUUUAGAUGAUGUGCGGAAGAAACUGAUUGAGAAUUCAGGAGUAACUGUGGGGAGAAACAUUUUGAUCACUGAUAUGCCUUAGAACUACCAAAUGAAUUACAUUGAAGGUAGUCAAAUAAAAUUGAUCACCCCACCAGUCACUGCAUAGAAAGUGGUUAAGUUUGACAUAAGACAUGUUGGAUGUUAUAAAAAACAAAUAUUGUACUAAUUUAGUCUCUCAAAGCAAAAUAAAUUAUUUUGUUGAAAAUACCUGGUUUUGUUUUUUACAUUUGUCAGGAAACCAAUCAAAUUUCAUUUAACUGAUAAAAACUGGUGCUAAGUUUUAAAUUUCAUUACUAUUAAUACAUAAUAAUGUUGGUAGAUAAACCAGGGCCAUUCAGGUAUCUUUGGACAUAAACUUCCUCCUUCAAAAAUGAAACUUUGCUCUGCCUUUAUGCUAAUCCAGGCAAGCUAGGGUAAAAAUUCUGGGGAAGCUUUUACAUGACAGUGGUCAGAAAUGAAACAUUAGUCCAUUAACAAAAACCAAACACAAAACUUCUUUGAAAUUUUGUGUGUCACCCUGUAGAUAAUUCUGCAAUUAGUUGGUUGCCCCUUUCUAUGGAGUAUGCUCUAAUGGAUGGUUUCUUCUGUAUUGCACUUCUGAAUUACAACCUAUGGAAACAAUAUAAACUUAACACCACACAAGACUUGCAGUGAAACUGGUAAAACUAAUGCUCCCAUCAUUUCUAAUCCAAAAUAAUUUGGCCUACUCAAUUUUUAAUUAAAAAGCAUUUUAUAUAAAGGGGGUUGAAAACUACCUUGAAUUAUGUCAGUGUUCUUCCCAUUUCAAUAAUCUGUUACUAUAAAUUUUAGGUUGAGAAUUAAUGUUAUAUCUGAAAUCCCAAAUCUGUCUUGAAGUGUCAAUCAUACCAUACAUGAUAUAGUUGUUCAAAAAUUUCCCUUUGCAAUACUGCACAUUUUAGAUAUAAAGGAUUUAGUAGCACCCAAGUUAAGUGAAUAACCUUACUCAAAGCCAAAUUAGCUGAUUCUUUUUUUCUGUUUAAACAUUAAUUCAAGUGUAUACUUAACAUACAUAAUAGAGUCCCAGAAGAAAAAAUUGACUGUUAGAGCAGAUUAAAACAAGUAGCCUUGAGGGGGGCCAUCGUUAUAACCCAAAUCUGCUUCAGAGACUCAAAUCAAGGUGAGAAUAAACCAAAAAUCCAAAAUAAGGAUUUUACUAAAUUAAAAGACUCAUAUGCUAUCUGUAGACAGACUGUUGCUACAGCCACAUAAAGCUCUAAGACUCCAAUGGUACUUCAAUGGACUUCAAAGCCAAUUUACUGAAUUUC